AUGGCUAAUUUUGAAGAUGGAUACAGAAAAUCACAGAGUGACUUCCUGCUGGAUCUGUACUCCCAGAUGAAGGACAGAGAGACUAAAUCAGGUCUGAGUCUCCUUCCAUCAUUACAGUCAGUUUUCCAGUCAGUUCCUGAAGUCUGGACCAGAAAGCUGUCAGAGAGAAAGACCUCCAUCCUCCUGGAAGUGAUGAAACUCCAAUCAGAGAAGAAACCAGUGAUGCUGACAGACUGCUCACCUGAAGAGAGUGAAGUGAGGAGUUUCCUGCAGUGUCUGCCUUUUAUCUCACAACUCAGACUCUCCAACAGUCUGGUCUUGUUCCUCUCUCAGUGGGUGAGAAGAGGCAGAGUGGCCUUUCCUCUGGUCCUAGAAGAGCUUUCUGUGGUUUCCACCAAAUAUCAGCCACAGAGAGUCUUGUUGAAGGUCGGCAGCAGUUUGUCGUCUCUGCUGAGGUUCUGGACAGCGGGACGCUUGGACCUGACCGAGUCCGGACUCCCUCCUCAGAGUCUCUUCAGUCUGCUGCUUCACGACGCUCCUCUCACACUCAGAGAAACUCCAGCAGCUUCUUGUUCUCCUCCACGAGGUUCAGGACCAGAACCUGACGUUCAGCCCCUCUUGAAUAAGGUCGGUGGAGACCUGAGCUCCUGCCAGUUGAGCUGGGAGCUUCUUCACUUCCUGCUGCAGCAGCCGACAGCUCAGCCCAUCACCGUGAACCUGAGGAAGAACCGAUUGUUAGAGGAGAGAGCUGCUCAGCUGCUGCCCUUCCUGCACAGGAUGGUGAUUGAAAGGCCCAGUCCCAGCUUUGUUAGGACUUCCAUCAGGGAGAUCUUCAGGACUCACCCCAGUUAUCACACGAUAACCGGGUUGCUGAGGUCACUGGAUCACGUGAUCGACCUGAACUGCACAGAGCUGGACUCCAAGGACUGCGACGCUCUGCUGUUCAUCCUCAGACACAGUGAGGGAGUGAAACUGAAGCUGCUGUGGAGCUCCAUCCCAACAGAGGGAAUUCAGUCCAUCCUCUAUAUGCUGCACACAGUUUCUGAUCUCAGUGUGGACAGGAAUCUCCUGCUGAGGUUCAUCCACUGCUGCGCUGCCUCUGACAGCCAGCAGGGGGCAGCAUCAGACCUACUGUGGACCCUACGGCACAGAUUGGAUCUUUCCUGCUCGUCCUGCGUGGAGCUACCAGAGGAGGAUCAGACGGAGCCUCUGAGGUUGACGGCGGCCGACUGCAGGGCCGUCUCCACCGUCCUGAGACACAGCAGCAGGGACGCACAGCUGGACCUGAGAGACUGCGAGGCGGAGGACAGCGGGCUGGACCUGCUGUUUCCCGUCCUGGACAGAGUCCGUCUCAGAGUCAAUAAGACGGUCCUGGUCCAGCUUCUGUCUCUGCUUGCCGUGAACAAUCAGAGGGACGCCGUGAGACGAGCAACGUCCCUGUGCAGAGCCCUGGGAGGAGAACUGGACCUGAGUCACCGGCCACUGGAUCAGAGGCUCUGUGGAGCUCUGGCUCUGAUGCUGGAUUACUGUGAAGAUCUAAGAGAGCUGGACCUCAGUCACUGCCAGCUGACAGACCAGCUGCUGACAGACCAACUCAUCAGACAUCUGCACAAAGUGCACAACCUGGAUCUGAGUCACAAUCACAUCACUGAUCUCUCCACUGAUUGUUUACUCCGUCUUUGCUUCAUGAACCCUUUCAUUGAUUGUUUGAGACUGAACAACAACAACAUCAUCAACAAAACUCCUUUUAAGGGCAACAAGAAGUUUGAAAUCUGGUGAAGCAGCUGUGAGUCAGCAGCUCAUGUAAAUAACAGGAUCUAUAUUUAUGUUAUCAUCCAAAACUGUCUCUUCACUGGUAGAGAGCGAUCUGUAAAUGGAAACCUUUCUCUUCAAUGUUGCUUUCACUGGGUUCUCUCACGGCCUGAUGAUGUUUUUACCAUGUGUUCCUCCUCUCUUAUAAUCCACUUUGCUUUAUUUUGCUAAAUAAAGGCCACGAGAGGGAAUAAAUACGGCACACUGCCUGGUAACACCGGUUAGUUUUCAGCAGUGGGGAGCAUCUUUUCUUCUGGUUUCUAUGUUUGUUUAUUAGCAUUCUUGUUUUGGGGUUUGAUGUAGUAAUUUAAGAUUAGUGAUAACAUUAUUUAUCAUGUUGUUAGUAAGAACACUAAGAAAAGUUUAAUAAAAGUAAAUCAGAAAUGAAGCAAAAAUAAGUGGUGAUUAGUUUUUAUGUAUCUCUAUCUAUUAGAUGUUUCUCCAUGUUCCCAGUUUCUCCACUUUGUUUGCUGGUGUUUUUUCUUUUCUCACAUCUGUUUCUAAAGAGUCGUGUUUUCCUAGUUCAAUAAUCAAAUUAUCCAAUAUAUGUAGAAAUCAUUCUCAGUCACUCCUUGCUGGUUUCUUUUGUUAAAUGUUGUUACUUUCCUGUGCACAUUGUUGUAUUUUGCCCUGGAUUCCUGGUUUUUAUCAUUUGUUUAUCAUUAAACUUGAAGAAGUACUCACCA